CGGUACUGACGUCACACUGACGUCACAAUCCGGUAUACACGGCUCAGCGCCAUGCAAAAUAAUAUGAAGCAGUCACUGAGUGAGUUUGGGGCUAAAGAGACUCUGUGUGUGGAUGUACGACAAAAAAGAACGGAUUUUACUAACCAAACAUAGACCAUGGUCAUGGCUGAGAGAUCGAAGGGUCACGUUCGGGUGGGAUUUUACGAUAUUGAGAGGACCAUUGGAAAAGGAAACUUCGCGGUGGUCAAACUGGGAAAACACCGUAUCACGAAAACCGAGGUUGCCAUCAAGAUUAUCGAUAAGACACAACUGGAUGAAAAUAAUUUAAAGAAAAUUUACAGAGAAGUUCAAAUCAUGAAGCUUUUAAGUCAUCCGAAUAUAAUCAAGCUUUACCAGGUUAUGGAAACUAAGAAUAUGCUGUACCUGGUUUCAGAAUAUGCUCCGAAUGGUGAAAUAUUUGAUUACAUUGCCAGACAUGGUCGCAUGACGGAACUAGAGGCACGCAAGAAGUUUUGGCAGAUCAUACUAGCGGUGGAGUACUGUCAUAAUCAUCACGUGGUUCACAGAGACCUGAAGGCUGAGAAUCUCCUGUUAGAUGCUAACAUGAAUAUAAAGAUAGCAGACUUUGGGUUUGGAAAUUUCUUCAAGACGGGGGAACACUUAGCUACGUGGUGUGGGAGUCCGCCCUAUGCUGCCCCGGAGGUGUUCGAAGGCAAGAAAUACCUGGGACCCCAAAUUGAUAUAUGGAGUCUGGGUGUAGUUUUAUAUGUCUUAGUGUGUGGAGCACUGCCAUUUGACGGCCAUAAUCUACAGAUGUUGAGGGACCGUGUCCUGUCAGGCCGGUUCCGAAUUCCAUUCUUCAUGUCAACAGAGUGCGAAAGUCUCAUUCGUCGUAUGUUGGUGCUUGAUCCUUCCAAGCGCCUGACCAUCGGUCAAAUUAAGAAACAUAAAUGGAUGUUGGCGGAUGGCGGUCCACCCAAGCUACAGUCACCUCCUAGUCCAAUUAUCGGGUAUAAUGCAAAGAUUGGCGAAUUUAAUGAGCAGAUUUUACGACUCAUGCACAGUCUUGGGAUAGACCAGCACAAAACUAUGGAGGCAUUGAAGAGCGAUGCGUACGAUCACUAUACUGCCAUUUAUUACCUCCUCUUGGAGCGCUUGAAACAGCACCGCAGCAGUUUCCCACCUGAGAAUCGAAUAGAUCCGCGGAAGCGCCGACCAAGUACGAUAGCGGAACAAGCCAUGCUUCACCAUACACAGACUAGUCAAUCUGAUCAUACGACCGACGGAGGCAUGCAGCGUAUACCCCUAGUCAACGUCAAACAGGGCAUGUUUAGUCAUACGACUGACUGUACUCAUCCACCCAAUGUGAACUUUUUAAAUGAUAUUGAUAUUCCAACGCCCAGUGUGGCUGGGUGUUUAAAGGAAAUUGUAUCCAUCGGGGUUGUGGCGAAGACAACUACCCCGAACCCACGUGCGACGCGCCUCAUUACUACAUCAAUAGACGAGGGUGUCGAGGUGGAUAUCAUGGACUCGCCUGAUGACAAUAGUGCUGCCGGUAAAGGCCAGUUUGUGCGUGACGGUUUUGGCAUGGGACUCAUACCAAGCUGUGCUUUUGGUGACCUGUCACAGUUGAACACUAAUGGUAAUAAUAGUAUCACAUCCAUUAGCACAGGCAUUGGUUCGCCCUUUGCCAGUUUUGACUCCUCAAUGGAGCCCGAUUUUAUGUCUAGUCUUUCAGAAGGUUCCCAGUACUCGACGGGUUCCGGGUCAUUAUCAGGCGGCCCUAGUUAUGCCAUUGGCAAUCCAGAUCCCCCCGUCACAGGCAAUGACUCUGGUGCUAUGGGGGAUUCUUAUCAGGACAAUACUGGCUCUAUAGAUGCAUCAGGGUCCGAAGAGUACUCGCAAGAUCGCAGUCAAACACGAUCGCCAGUCAACUUCCGUGAAGGGCGACGGGCUAGUGAUGGGUUAGUUGCACAGGGAAUAUUCGCAUUUAGACAACGACUUCAGAACAGUAUGCGUGCGGAGGGUAUGAUUGAGCUACGGGAGGAGCACCAGGAACUUCAGAACAUGUUCAGUGGGAUGCCUUCCACGGAGCAGUCGGUUGCCCUUCAGCAGCAGCACUCGGAAUACAUAGAAAAAAAUGGUCGUCAGUGGUCACUUGAGGAUGGCCAACAUGCCCAAGCCCAACGACCUCCACGACCUUUGAUGAAGAGAAUGAGUUUGCCCUCAGAGACAUUUGACCUCCAGCCUCACAGGCUCCUUGCCAUAAAACAGAGCCUACAAGUUGAGCGGGAGCUGGAUCGCGUCACCAGCAAUGAAGAAUUGACCCAGCAGGGGGCAGCAGCACCACCAUUCUGUCAGCAAUAUGACUUCCCGCUGCAGAGCAAUCCCUUAAAACAACAGUUCCUGCAACAUCGACUGCAGCAAAAGCGACAGACACUUCAGAAACAGACUCAGCUUCAACAUCAGUUUCAGCAGAUGCACAUCGUCCCCUGUGACCCAUCCUCAUUAUCAUCAGCCAAUCAAAUUCCUCGUAAACAGAGACAUUCUGGUAAACAUGACGAGUUGAAUCAUCUGAGUCGACCACCAGUAAUUCGGAAGAUCUCAUACAAGCUGGCACAGCAACAGCCCGUCAUGCCCCCAAUGUCAGAUGGGGGCGAUGCACCAUGGCCACAAAACUUGCUGCCACCUACGCAAGAGAACGAUGGUCAGGAGGAAGUUGGGCAGGAACGAGUUCCAAUGCAGAAUGUAUCGGUGGUAAUCCAGCAGCUGCAGCAACAACAACAACGGACGGUGUGUGUUCCGCCGUUGUAUACAGCACAUCAAUUGCAGCUACAACAACAGCAACAACAACAGCAGGAGCAACAGCAGAAUCAACAGAAUCAACAGGUGCUGGACUACCAGCAAAAUCAUCAACAACAAAUGCAAAUGAAUCAACAACAGCAACAUCGACAACAGCAGAAUCAGCAAAUUAAUCAACAGCAGCAGUCAUCUGGGGGGCCAGUCACACAUCACUCGCCGGGGCGUAAAAACGCAUUCAUACCCCAGGGGGGUGAACUGGCACUUCUCCAACAACAAUAUGCAUUGGAAAAACAACUACAGCAACAGCAACAACAGGUGCCGAGCUUCACCUUUACAGGGGCUCCUCUAAACGACGAGGUCCUGGUCGCUGAAAUAAAUAACUCUCAAAUCUCACUCAGCAUUGAGUCAAAUCAGCUGUCACUGUCACAGCUACCCUCUUCAUCACCUCACUCCUCCACAGAGUCACUCAAACAGACCUCCUGGGACUCGCAGCAUCACAACGGAGUUAUCUCCCCUCCUAGUCACACAUCACAGGACACGGGCGUGGUUGUGUUGCCGUACUAUAUGGCCCAGCCCCUGGUGACCACAAUUGAUGAUCAUAUGGAUGUGUCGUAGCCGUCGUAGUGUACCUGUGUAUUGUAAUGUAUGAGUGCCUGAAAGGUCAUGUGUACGAUUAGAUAUAAUAUGUGUGUAUCCAUACUUGUAUGUGUGUAUGUAAGUUUGUGUAGGCGUGUGUAGAUAUAUUAUGUCGGGGUGUGAAUGUGUGUUUUAGUAAGCUAUACAUGUAAACAUAUGUACUCAGCAUAUAAGUGCGAUUUUUGGAAGUUUCUGUGGCCUGCGUCAUUUGUCUUCAAAUUGCAGAAAAGCCUGAUUCCGAUUUAUUGACAUGUAGGUAAGCAUUGUUGGAAGCAGCGUUAAGACCUGGUUUAGUGUUACACUUCAAGAUCUGCAAAGUGAACAAUAUAUAAAUGAAAAUAUACGUUAGAAAUUUGUUUCAUACCUUUCCAUAUUGGCAGACAUUGAUAUGAUCUUAACUCAUUCCUGAAGACACAUUUGAACUCUUCCAAUUCAACGGUUGGAAUAGUUCAUUAUAAAAUUUCAGGGGUGAAUGAGUUAAUUAUAAUCUAAUGUGUACUUUGAAGAGAACUGAUCCAGAUCCCAGUGUGUGUGGUGUAUGGUGUAGUUAUGCCCUUAUGAGGGUGUGUAUGUUAGUCUAUGUAGUGUCUAAAUGUUAUCAUACCCUAGAUAGCAUCACAGCUAGUCAAGUUGUUCUGGUAUCAUGGUCUAGUGAAAGUUUUAUUUCUAUAAGCCUCUCUUCAUUUGGAAAUUAAUAUUUACUAGCUUUGCCUGAUGGUAAUAUAUGAAAAUAUAACAUACAGAAAAGUGUCGGAACAGGAUGAGAGUUUUCCCUGAAUUGAAACUUUUGUAUUAUGUGCUAAAAUUCUGUGCUAAAUAAUGAGGUAUUUUAACCCUUUCACCUCUGUAGACCACAAUGGACCCAUCCAGAUCAAUGCAUGGUAGAGUCUACUAGAGUUACA